AUGCACUUGGCUCGUGUGACCGACCGUUUGCCACUCCUAUUACCACUUGGUCUUCUUCAUGGAGAGGAUGAAAUAUCUUCAUUAUAUUAUACCGUCGUAAAGAUUCGUCCUACAUUGGUUCAUGUCCUCGUAAAUAGUCGUGUUGUGUGCAUCAUUCGGUCAAAUGUACCCAUUAGAGACGUCACGGAUUACUACAAUAAUUCAUCUAAAGCUUCGUAUCGACUCUUGAUUGCUGUGGCUGAUGGUAACGUGUGGAUUGUGACGUUACCAGCGUCUGCACACGUUGGAACAAGUGAAGAGCUUCUUACUGAUAUUGUACUGGAACGUUCGUCUAGUGAGAGAAAUACAAGUGGAAUGGCACAAUGGUUUUGUCAAUUACCUGGAGUACAAUUUGUUCAGUCGUGUCAAUCGGGAUUGACGUCCUUGACACUCAUGACAAGUGUCGUAGCUCCUACGACAUUAACUGUGAGCAUUCGAGGAACCUCGGAGUCGAAACUACAACGUUAUCAGUCACUGGAACUACAUGAUCUUGAAGUUGGUGGCGUGGUUGCUAUUUUACAGGGAGAUUUGGAUGGAAGUGUGCGGUUUUCCUUGGUUUCUUAUCCUUGUAAAGAAGGAGAUGUGACAAAAGUGUCGGUCAUUCGCAGUGGAACACUUGUACAAAUGGACGAGCCUGUUGUAAGGAUUGUUCCUUUCGCGUCUGCCACCCCGUUCACAUUAGCUUUAGAAGGAAAUGUAGCAACAGGGUCAUCUACAGUAUUUGAUGCACUGUUAUUUCUAGGUGCUCGAGGACGCGUAGGAACAAUUCAUUUGAAGGGUGGGUGCUUGAUAGAGACUCUUCCUGUGUCAUUAAAAAAGCUAGAUCUUGGAUGUGCAGUCCAGUCAUUGGCAUUUAUUGCUAGUUUGAAAGUGUUUGUCUUUUGCUCGAACGGUUCGGCCUACGUGUUUCGAAGCAAUGAUGUACUAAAAAAAGCACAGUUUGAAGAUGCAGAAGGUCGAUGCAAUGACCUUAGAAUAUGUGCCGAGAAAAUGCCAUUUCAGCCGGGCAUCCUGCGCCUGGCAACGCAUGACAGCACACACGAUAUGUCAAUGCUUUUCGCAUCAGGGCGAGUGAUAACUAUCACCGAGAGUUUACUUCGCGCUAAGGUAUCCAGUGUGCUGUUACCUGAUGAUAAGCAAAGACCCGAGAACGGGCUAUCAUCUGUACAAGAACCGAUGAGCGAUUCUCAUAUACGCAAUUUAUUGCAUCGCAUCGCACAGACGUCCACCGAAUCAACUGCCUUGCGCACCCAAUCGAAGCAGCUUGAUUGCCAGCUCAAGAUGCUACACUCGGCUUUCGAAUUGCUCCAAAUUGUGAAAGCAAAAGGUGUUGACUCUGUGAUCACUUGUGAUUUGAGAGCAUCAUUGGUUUUAACUGGCACCUAUUUGGAACUGCAGACGGUGAAAUUGAUGUGUUUCACACGUUUUGCGAAUCCUGACGUUAUCGUCUCGCUCGAUGAAUGGUGGCUAUGUAUGCAUGUGCGCACUCGCGAAUGUGCCGUCGUGACACACUCAUUUCCAUUGAAUGACGUACUUACUUGUGGAGAACAGAGUAUCAUCCUUGAUCCAGAGAUGGUCGCUCUACAGGAUCAAGGAUUCUUGUCAGUAUCGUGCUCGAUGGUGUUUUGUCCCAUAGAGAAUGGUUUACCAGAUACAAAACAUUGCAAAUCGAAUUGCAUUGAGUUUAAGCCAGUUAAUCAAGAGAACAUGGCAUCAAUUGCAAUCCCGCUACUUCAGAAUCGACGGUUCCUGUUUGCACAGCUAAGUCAGCCUGUUGAAGAAGAAACCCCAGUCAGCCAAGUUGCCGUUCACUCUGCCUUGCGUCAAAAUCACGAGUCGCUGAUGCCAGUUGGAAGGAAGAUCAAGAAAGGAAGAGCCUCGUCAUCUCCACUUUGGAGUGGUGUGCAAUGGUGGGAGGCAUUAGCCGAUCACGCCCGCAAGAAAGCAUCGUUUGCAACGUUGUGGGCGAAAAUUUCCCCUCCAGGCACAAUUCUUGCAGCGCCAACUCCUCCAUCGCGGUUUGUGAUCUCUAUUCCUUCAUUCUUCGCUGCAGAAGGCGAAGAAGAGGAUGAAGAUCUUGAAAAGAUUCGCAAUGAAAGAAUGGUGUCAUUCUUGUGUCAUCUCUUAGAGAGACAAAGUGAUGAAGAGUUACCUUUACGUCGUAGCUGCAGAACGCAACAUGGAAAACUGUGGACAGCGUUGCGAUCAAUCUCGGGAGGUCUCGUACUUCUGCGCUUUACCCCGUCCGAAGGCCAUGAACGAUCUGUUGACAUAUCUAUCCAAUGCUCCGAUUUGGCGGAUCUUUCAGCUAUGCGAGCUCUUGUUAUGGAGAAGAUCAACAAGCGAAGUGAUAAGGUUAUGCGGGGAACCAUCAAAGACGAUCAGCGAGAAGAGCUCGUCCGAGACAUGAGCGAAAUGUUGGAACCCAUUGCAGCUCUUGAUAACCUUCUCGAACUGACGCAGAAGACAGCUACCAGUAUUGUCGAUCCUCAGUCGGCUAUUUGUACCGAUGAAGUGCUUCAUGCAAUCUCGCAGCUAGCACAUUUGGAAACACAAACACUCACGCUUUAUUGGAAGACAAGAUUACUGCUCAAUAGUACCAUCAUAUAG